AUGAAGGCUCCAAUGCCUGAGAAGUCGUUACAGCUCACAAUAGUGUCACUUUCCGCCGCAGCAGCGGCAUCACCCGCAAUGGUAGCAACCAAGCCAACAAUGUCGUGUUUGUUUAUGACAUAUCAUAAAAGUGUCACAAUCCAAAAAAGUGCUGUAGCUUCUAGCGGCACUAAAAUCCAAACAAGUGUAACAGCUAAGAGCAGUGUCAUAGUUCACACUACUAUCACAACCUCUGCAGGGGGUUCAAAGUCUGUAAGUGUAUUAUUUAUAUUUUAUGUUCCUUUAUCAAAUAAAAAUUUUGUUUUUAUUUUUUCCAUUAAUAUUAUAUCAGAGUUAUAGAUAAUUAACAUACUCUUGUAACAUACUAUUGAUGAAACUUUAUUAGGUGGUUCGUAGUGUCAAAAGAUAGAUCAGCAAUCAAAGAGGGAUUAUCUAUGUUUUUGUCAUCAUUCUUUCUCACUACCAUAAUUUUUUUCUUUGUAAACUUUUUUUUGAGUUAAACAUUAUAUUCGUUGUAAUCAUUAUGAUAGACUACAAUAUUAUAGUAUUUCAUUUAUAUAAUAAAAUAGCUUGGUAUAUUAGUAGGCUAAAUUUUAUAAGUUAAACAAAUUUAAAACCACUUUUAGGUAAUAAUAUUAUCCCCUUUACAUUGUGAAUAUGAAAAUAUUUAUGAAGUUAAGUAUUCAAAAUUGUAAGUAAAAAUGAAAUUUGUUGUCUGUUUCAUAUCAAUGAUUAAGAGACCAACAGUUUGUCAUACAAUUACUAAAUAUCAAAUUUUACAAGAAGUGUUUUCAUUUUUUCAUACAAUAUAAAAUAGAUCAUUAUGUUAUAAUUGUUUUUUUAUGUAUAUAUAAAACAUGCUAUUAUAGGACACAGAUUAAAAUAGCCUAGUGAACUUUAAAUUUGUUUUAUGUACUGGAGACCCCAUGUAUGUAUACUGCUAUUUAUUUACAUAUUUGUAGUAUUUUAGAAUUUUAGUACUAUGUUUUUAAUUUUUGGUUCUAUCUUUUGCUAUUAUGCAUAAUAUAAUGAUUUAUAUUGUAUUUUUAAUAAAUAGUAGAAAUAAUCUGUCAUUUAUGUGAAUCUGUUAGAAAAAUACUUAAAUUUUCAUUUCAUGAUAUAAUCUAUUUUUAAGUAGCCAGGUUUGUUGGUCCAUUGAACAGUCUAUAUACUUGAAAAAAUAAAAAUAAACUUUUUAUGGUAUACUAUAGCUUAUUUUUAGAUGUUUUAGGUCAUAUUAAUAGCACAUAUUUUAAUAUUAGGUCAUAAUAGAGAGCAUAUUUUAGUUAUUUUCAGUACUAUAAAAUGUAAGCCCUAGUUAUAGCAGUUAAUGUGACAUUUUGGUAUAUUUUUUGUUAAAACUUAUUAAUGGUAAAUUUUAUUAUUUUGUGAUAAUCCACUGAAAAAAUUAUUUUCUUACAUCUCAAGUUCGUCUUAUUCCAAAAUCCUUACUUAAGCCAUUGAUAUUUAUGAGCAAAAAAUAUAAGACUAGCUGGUUGGUAUUUUGAGCAAGGCAUCUACGUUGAAGUAUUAAAAAAUGAAAUAAUAAUUAUUUGAGUAGUAAGGACAAAGAGGUGAUAUUUUCGAUUGACCAUUUUUACUAUGAUUUUAUACAGUAAGGAUGUCAUUAUAAGUCGUAUUUAGUGGUUAAUAAGAAAAAGUUGAGUUUAAUGUAGUAUUAUUUUUAUUUUUUUUAUAAGAAUUUUUAUAUCAAAUUUUGACGAAAAUCGUAAAUAUUACGGCUUUUUAAAACAUGUAUCGCCAAAUUCCGUUGAAAAUCGUUUUUCGUUAGCAAUGUUUAAUUGUCGCAUACAAAAAUACAUUAAAAUCUUCCCCUCUUUAUCUUACCUUCUCAACUUCUCUACUAUAAUUUAUAAUAGUGACCCACCCAUCGUGCUAAGUAUGUGCGUCGUCUUUUAGUUGUAAGAUUUCCUUCUAUUUUCAAUAGAAACCAUCCAAACGUAGGUACCUACGUUUAGGGCACCUAUCACGAAUCUUAAUUCGUGAUAUCUACCUAAUAAAUUCGUGUCAUAUUUCAGAGCACGUUUAUCGAGUUCAGUGGUUUAAUAAAUUUAAUAUUUUCUGUGACCAAACUCUAUAGGAAAAAUGGUGUAUCUACCCUAAACUCUUAGAUCAUAUGUAUAGUUCACCGGUAUUGACAUAAAAAAAUAACACGCCGGGCCGCAACUCACCUGUAGCCGAUCUAAGCCUAAACCUAACAAUAACUUGUUAUCACCGAACAAUGGCUGACGGCUGUACACUAAUAAUAAUUUAUAAUACUUAUCUAGGUACUAUUAAUUUGUAACUUGCAAUAUAUAGCACUUUGCAAUUUGUUUUUAUUUCGUAUUUUGAGUUAUAUAUUACAUUUUCAAAAAUAAUUAAUAAACUAUUCUAAUUUAUUGUAAAAGAAGCAAAUUAAAAUCAAGAAUUCUAUGGUUAAAAAUCCCUUUAAGGGUGAAGCUGAAGACUGCCACUUAAGACGAGCUGCUGAGUUACUUAUUGCUGGAAAUGACGAGAAUCGGAGAAAGUUCAUCUUUUUUAAAAUUAAGGUAAGACAUUAAAUGUUUUUUUUAGAAUACCCACUAGUUCGACUAAUUGUAUUUAUUUUUUUUUAUAAAUUUAUAUUAACUCCUAUUUAACUUAAUCUAGGAUAAUUUAAAAUAAUAUUAUACUAAGUCGGUAUUAAAUUUUUACCGUUUAGAAAAAAUUUUGGGCCGCUCAUAUCCUUCUCCGCCUGGGCUAAAAUACUCUCAGUCCGCCGCUACCACCACCAUUUAG